AAAUUUAUUGCCAUUUCCUUUGUUAUAGCAAUUGCAGAGGUUUACAAGAAUGAGGGUAACGAUGAAUACAACAAGAACAAUUUCAACAGCGCCAUUUUCUUCUACACUGAAGGAAUUAAAGUGAACUGCAAGGAUGAAGAUCUUAACGCGAAACUGUACAGCAACAGGGCAGCGGCACACUUUAACUUGGGUGAGAAGUUGCUUUAUAUUGGUUGUUUUAAAUACCUUAUCUUUUGUCGAAUGAAAGUGAUGUAGGCAGCAACUUGCAAAGGAUUUCCGUAGUUGUUUUAAAGACGUUGUUAAAGUAGUUCUAGAGCCACCCCUCCCCUCUAUAGCUUUCUAGGCUGUUACAAUUCUGUUUGCGCAUUUCUUUUUUCACAGGAAAUUACUUUGAAACAGUGAGUGAUGCAAAAAUUGCCAUUGAAUUUCAACCAACUUUUUUGAAAGCUUUUGUGCGAGGUAAGAUUUGAAGUUACUAUGUACAGAUACGGUCGAGAAAAGGACUGAAGCAAACCUUGACUCCAUGUAGGUUAUCUUAUCCAGGGUACGGAAUCCAGAAUCCCAGACUGCCUGGGAUUCCCUUACAUGGGAUGGAAUGACCUGCAAACAGGAGAGGACACUUUGUCAGCUUUUUGGGCCUGGUGACAGUUUGCAGUAAUUCUGCCCACGCGCCGAGAGCUCCGACCCGCCAUACUCUUUACAUCUUGUUUAUUUCGAUCGUCAUUCUCAGUAAGGGUAGUGCAUUCUUUCUAUCCACACCUGAUAUCACUUACACCAGUCUCUUGUCGAAUCCAAGUGUUUCGUUUUCGAUCUCGAAGGGUAAUGCCUAGCAUUAUGUGUUCCAUCUUGCACUGUGCAACCGCAAGCUUUUCCAUCACAUAGCGUUGUUCAGUGCCCAUGUCUCGCAGCCAUAUGUCAUUACUGGUAGAAUGUACUCGUCGUGCCUGCCUUGCGGCUUCCCAUGAUGUCAUUCACUUUACGAAAGGCUUCCCAACCAAUUGCGAUCCUCCGCCUAAUCUCAGGAAGCAGAUCAUCAUCUCGCGUCACCGUCUUUCCUAGAUAUAUAUAGCUGUCUACCUCCUCGAUGAUUUUACCAUCAACAGUUAUUGUGGAUAACCGUAGUUAUCCCUCCAAAUUUUUUAAACGGUCAUCUUUCAAAUGUGUCGAAUGAGCUUUACUCUACGAUUACAAUUCGCAAUAGUUGUGUCCAUUUAAAAAUUAAGCCUUUAAAAAAUGUUUUAAGCUGACGUCUUUGUUUAUGCCUUAACAGUGGCAAGUGCCUGCAUUCAGCUGAAAAAGUUUGAUGAAGCCAAUACGUGGUGUGAUAAGGGAUUGGCAGUAUCCUUUACUGGAAUUGCUAUUAUUUAAUUGUUAUUCCCCCUAAACAUUCCUUUGACGUUGAAAAAGUAUUUUGUGAAGGUCCAGGUGUAGGUCUAAACCUGUCAUAAUCGGCUGCUCACCAAACAGAACUCUACAGCGCCACGAAUGAUCCUGAGGCCUUAAAAUAAUUAUCCCACUGAGUAAGAGAAGACAGCAAUUGACAAUGGAGAGAUUUAGAUUCACGUUUACGCCAAACGGCAGACUUGAAUUUGUACCACCUGACCAAGUUUUCCCCUUAUUUUCCGUUUACUCUUUAUUGUUUCUACACAAAAAUAAGUUGUUUUAUGCCAACUUUAACCAUAGGAAUCGUUAGGGGCUGUUUUUAUCUGCUUAUUUUCUAUUCUGAGAAAACCUCAACUUGAGUCCGACGUUUGCCGUUUGCGGUAAACGUGAAUCUUAAUCUCUCUAAUGACGUCAUUUUACUACAACUACCGGAAUCCUUCAGUUCGUUCUAUUCUUGUGCAAGUUAAGGCUUUUCCUUAUCAAACCCCAGCCGCAUUGACAAAUUUAAACACAUGAACUGGAAAGCAAAAACAAAGUGAAUACUGGUAGUUGUAGUCAAAAUAAAGUGUGGUCAUCGUUAAAAUGGCCUAUUGAUCCCGCUUAAAACUAUGGAAUAAAAUGGACGUUUUUCCUAAUUAGUAUGUAUAAUCAAAUGGUGACGAAUGAAUGGUGACGUCACCCGCGUUUUGUCUAAAUUGUAAUAAGAAUCAUAAUUUGGACAGAACGCGCGUGAACUGAUUAUUCUCUAAUUUCCCGAGUUUACCAUGUGAUUACCCAUCAAUAUCAGGAGUGAAAAAUUACUUUCAAAAUUGUGCGUUUUUAACUUGUUUAUCGUAGCGAGAAUUCCAGGCACUGAAAAAUUUAGAGAAUAAAUUAUGGCUUAAAAAUUUGUGAUAUUAUAAGCUUUCUGAAAUUAAAACACAGCAUAUUUGGAGAGCUUUUUCCCUAGGGAAAAAAAUGAAAAUCCAUUCAAGUGCGCGCCGUAAAUGGAACGUACUGUCCAAUUACUUAUUCAUGACGCGUACUCUCCUAUUACUCUUUCUUAUUAAAUAAUGGUAAUAGGACUGAGUGGAGUCCAGUUCGGUCCGUAAUCUUACGAGUGAUUUACAAAAUCGGACGACCGCUUAGCGGGAGUACGACUUGCCGUUUAAUCACGAGUAUGAUUACAGACAGAAUUGGACGAAACGAAGUUCUGUUACCAAUUACAGUCAAGGGAGGUCAAGCGUACCCCUUAAGAUUCUAUUUAUGAAUUGGUUAUUUGAAAAAGGAAUCCGUUUGUCGUUCCGGUAACUAGUGUCAAAUUCAAAUCGGUAUUUCUGCAUGCGUAAUGAGCUGUGAAAAUUCUACGAGAACUUCUCUGUAUUUGGUCAGAUUGAAAAUCUUUGAAUGGGUUAAAUUUCAUAGAAAACAUUUACAUCAAAUUCACGGACACUUAGCUGGUAGAAAUUUCGUAACUGACUCGCGUGUGAAUUCACGGCUCAUUACCCAUGCAGGAAUGCAGACAUGAAUCUGAAAUCUACGACUAUCAACGGAUUCAACUUUCGAAUAAUAAAUUCAUUAAAGUAAUCUUGGGGGGUACGCUUGACUUGGCUUAACUGUAACCAUAACUAUAACAAAAUUUCUGAUGUUUUAGCCCUCUUGAAAAUCAUAGUCAAUCUACAACCCUACACAACAAUCAGUGAAAAAUAAAGCAGGUAUUGCAUGAAUAAAAUUGGAGGAAAUUGUAGUGGUUAUCAUAAGUAUAGGUAAAAGCAUGAUUUGUACUAGUAUUUGGCAUAAAUACCACGAGUGACAUUUCGAAAUUGUUGUACGUAAUUUCACGAGCCGUUAGGCGAGUGAAAUUUGAGACAAUUUUGAAAUAUCACAAGUGGUAUUUAUGCUAAAUAUCAAGUACAAAUCAUGCUAUUAUUUGUUUAUACUACUACCCGCAAAAGGUUUGUAAUUUCCACAUGUAGGUAUUUGAAAUUAAGCUGAAAUACAACUGCUCUAAGCCAAUCAAAUUGCAGAAAUUAUUUUCUAAUGUAGUAGUAUAAACGCUGAAAUUUCGCGCCAAAAUUAAUAUGAAGUACUAUUAAUUAUUUUUUCGUUGUUGUACAGUACGUACUUUACGGUUGCUUUUUUUAUCGCCAAAGAAUCAUCACACAACUAAAGAUAAUUGGUUUAAAGUUUGUUAGCUUUGUCUCCUAUUUAUAUAAAUUAUUGAACAAAUUAACUGAUACAAGAUAGACCCGAAUAACCAGAAGUUGUUAGAAUUACGGAAAACCGCUUUGGGAGAACAAGGGAAGCUGCCAGAGAACCACGAAAAAAAGGUAAAGAAAGAGAAAAGACUUAAAAAUUCAAAUCAUUAUUGUAUUUGUUUUGUUUAAAGGGCGGUCUUGGAGUUAGGAGGGGAAGUGACGUUUCUCGGCCCUCUCGGCUAGUGAAUUUUGCUCUUUUAGGGUAGCUGCAAGAUAGCUCUAACGUGAAAAAGCUUCUAUACUUGCCCAGUUAUUCAACUUGACAAACAUUCGCACUUCAAGAUUAAAACUGGAAUUGCGGGACGGGAUUUAAGCGUAAGGAAGAUCAUCGAAGUUAUGGGUGCAACUCUUUUUUUUAGUUUUUAGUUAGUUGCGAAAAAAGCCUGAACAUAUUCAUGCUUGUACGGAAUUGGAACCCUUGCCUUUGAGCUAACACAGAAGCCAACUCGGAGCUGGCUUAAUUAAGCAUUAUUUUCCCGAAAAUUUUAGGUUUCCUUUCUUUUAUGAAAAUAGCCUAACCUGAGGAGUGAAAUGUGAAAAAUUAAAUUUCAGAAAAUCUCGGGGAAUUUUAUAGAUUAGCUUCGAAAUUUGUACAUGAAUGGAACGUUCAUCUUGAAAUUUUUAGCCUUCUUCAAGUAAUAGAAAAUUUUAGGUGAUAUUUGCUUCUCCGAACAUAUAUUUUACAGAAAACAGUCGUUGGGUUCCCCCUGAUAAGAACUGCAUGACAUCGCUCGCGCUCUAGCCAGAGUUGCUGAAUUAAAAUGGGGGGAUGGGUAGGGCUUGCCAUCAAGGGGCGGGGGUGCUUUUGCACUUUGAUUGGGGUUUCAAGUUUGAAUGUUAAGCGCAAAGUCUCAAAUGUUCCCUGCAGGCUAUUCCCGCAAAUCAUUGCUCUGACUGAUAAUCAUAAUGCUAAUUGCGGAGCCCGUGGAGUGAGUGGCUAGUCAUGAUUGUCAUGGGUGGGGAUGGUGAGUUCGUGGUUCUUGGACCUGGCUCUCUAUGGGUGGGCACCUUGUGUCAAAUCCAUUCAGACAUAUAUUGUGCGUAAUUUGUUUCCCAGAAAACUGGCACGAAGGCGACAUACACAGCUAAAAAAUUGAAAGACGAUGAGGCGUAUGGUGAUUUUGGCAAUGCCUAUAACAGUUUGGGAGGGUUCAAAACAAUCAUAGACUACCAUGAACGUAUCCUGGAAAUUGCGAGAGAAUUGGGUGACAGAUGGAAUGAGGGAGCCGCGUAUGGCAAUCUUGGCAACGCCUACCAAAGUCUUGGAGAUUUUAAAAGAGCCAUAGACUAUCAUAAACGUUGCCUGGAAAUUGCAAAAGAAUUGGGCGACAGAUCAGGACAAGGAAAGGCGUGUGGAAAUCUUGGUAACUCCUAUCGCAGUCUGGGAGAUUUUAAAACAGCCGUAGACUACCAUGAGGAUCACCUGAAGAUUGUUAAAGAAUUGGGUGACAGAUCAGGGGAAGGAAAGGCUUACGGCAAUCUUGGCAAUGUCUUUCACAGCUUGGGAGAUUUUAAAACAGCCAUAGACUACCAUGAACGUCAACUGAAGAUUUCGAAAGAAUUGGGUGACAGUUCAAGUGAAGAAAAGGCCCAUGGCACUCCUGGCAGUGCGCAUGACCAUCUCGGAGAUAUUGAAACAGCUGUAGGGUACGAUAAACGUGGCCUACCAAUUGCGAAAGAAUUGAGUGACAGAUAUGAUGAAGGAGUCGCGUGUGCCAAUCUUGGUAACGCCUAUCAAGGCCUGGGAGAUAAUACAAAAGCGAUAGACUUCUAUGAACGUCACCUGAAAAUUGUGAAAGAACUGGGUGACAGACAAGGGGAAGGAUCCGCUUAUGGCAAUCUUGGUAUCGCUCAUCAUAGUCUGGGAAACAUUAAAACAGCGAUAGACUACCAUAAACGUCACCUAAAAAUUGUGAAAGAAAUGAGUGACAGAUCAGGGGAAGCAUCGGCUUGUUGCAGUCUUGGCAACGCCUAUCAAAGUCUGGGAGAUUUUAAAACAGCAAUAGACUACCAUAAACGUACCCUGGAAAUUUCAAGAGAACUGGGUGAAGUAUUGCAAGAGGGAAUAACGUUUUCAAAUCUUGGUUCUAAUUUUGCAUGUCUAGGCCAAGUUCCAGUGGCUAUUGAAUAUUACGAGCUCGGUAUUUCUUUGUUGAAUAGUAUCAGAGAUCGUCCCCAAUUGCACGACGAGUGGAAAAUAAGCUUACGUGAUCAGUACCAAAGACUAUACACUGCACUCUGGUGGCUGAUAUUAAAAGAAGGGAAGGUUGCGGAGGCUUUGUUUUCUGCUGAGAAAGGACGGGCACAGGGGUUAAAAGACCUUAUGGCACUAAAUUAUACAUCUGAAGAGAAUGAUGCAGAAUUAAUUCAAGAAAAUAGAACCUUUCAGGAACUGUGCAGUGGCCUUCCUCCGAAUACAAUAUUUAUGGCGAUCGUAGAGAAGGAAUUAAUUCUAUGGGUCUGUCAGCGCGAAAAAGAGGUUGAAUUGAGAAGAAAGCAAGUCAGUUGUGAAUAUGAGAUCAACACUUUCUUUCAGUCUCUUUUGGAAAAAAUUGGUGCAAGAGAGGAUGUGCAGUGUGAAGAUCGCUCACUUGAUUUGACGAAGAAUAAAAGAUUGGCAGAUAAACAGUCACCUAAAUGUGAUAGACAAACUCAAGACUUGCACUCUCAAGAAAGAGCCUUGAGCACACUGUACGACAUUAUCAUUGAUCCUAUCCAAGAUCUUUUGUCAUGCAGUGAAGUCAUAUUCGUCCCAGAUGGUCCACUUUGCUUAGCUCCAUUUGCUGCAUUCAAGGGACCAGACUCCAAGUACCUUUGCGAAUCUUUCAGAAUUCGCGUGGCUCCAUCCCUCACCAGCUUAAAAAUGAUUGCGGAUUGUCCGGUAGAUCAAGUCGGUGAUCCGUGGGUGCAAGAUGUGACGACGUUAGAACAGUUGCCAUUUGCCAGACAGGAAGUAGAGAUGAUUGGUAGAGUACUUGGCUGUACGCCUCUUAUUGGUAGACAGGCCACAAAGGAUGAGGUGUUAAAACGACUCGGCUCAGUUGCUUUGGUCCACUUCGCUGCACAUGGCAGCAUGGAAGCGGGAGAAAUUGCCUUAGCACCCAAACAUGAUGACAUGGAUUUUAUUCUGACGAUGAAAGAUGUAAAGCGUGUUCAGAUGCGUGCAAGGCUGGUUGUACUCAGUUGCUGCCACAGUGCUCAUGGCGAGAUCAAAGCAGAGGGUGUGGUCGGCAUAGCACGGGCAUUUUUAGGUGCUGGUGCUCGCUCUGUUCUGGUAUCAUUGUGGGCGAUUGACGACAAGGCCACUCUUGAGUUUAUGAAACAUUUCUAUCAGCAUCUUGUGGAAGGAAAGAGUGCUAGUAAAGCCGUAAACCAAGCAAUGAAUUGCAUGAAAGAACACAGAGAAUUUGGCGCUGUUAAUCGCUGGGCGCCGUUCGUUCUCAUUGGUGAUGAUGUCACAUUGGAAUUUGGUGGGAGCAAAUAG